GCGACACUUGCGGCGCAGCUUCCUUUUUCUUUUGCGUCGGCUUGCGAUAUGCCUUCCAGGCUAAGGAAGACGCGGAAGCUCCGCGGGCACGUCAGCCACGGCCAUGGGCGCAUCGGCAAGCACCGGAAGCACCCCGGAGGCCGCGGCAAUGCUGGAGGGCUGCACCAUCAUCGAAUCAACUUCGACAAAUAUCAUCCAGGUUACUUCGGGAAAGUGGGUAUGAGGCAUUACCACUUGAAGAAGAACCAGAGCUACUGCCCAACUGUCAACCUUGAUAAACUGUGGACACUGGUCAGUGAGCAGACCAGGAUUAAUGCUGCCAAAAGCAAGGAGGGGCUUGCCCCUAUCAUUGAUGUUGUUCGGUCGGGCUACUACAAAGUCCUAGGAAAAGGAAAACUCCCCAAGCAGCCAGUCAUCGUGAAGGCAAAGUUCUUCAGCAGAAGAGCAGAAGAAAAAAUUAAGGGUGUUGGUGGAGCUUGUGUUCUGGUGGCAUAAAAAUGCAAUGUUAUCAAAUAAAACAUGUCUUUAUUAAA